AUGGCAUUCGUCAUUGUAGCCUAGUCUGACAUUCCUAGCCAGUUACACAUUAUCCCCAUAUUACACAAAUAUUCAAUUAAUUAAAAGCCAAACAGAAUUCAUCCACAGAGAUAAAAGUCCAUUAUAAGAAACCUUCAAAAUGAGCAAAGUAAGUGCGUCGAAUGAGCGGAAAACAAUGAUUCAGGAAAAGAGAAAACUCAUGGAAGACAAAAGGAUGAGCAUGGGAAUGAGGUCCUUUUUCGCUUCCUUUAUUGGGAGCAAUUUUCGACUUAGCACAGAGCAACGGUACUCGUUUACAACCAUGACAAGACGUCAUAAGUUUGAUAAGCAUUUUAUUGAUGUUUACUUUAAAGUACCAGAAGAUGAGGUAUACGAGCCUAUUUAUCAAACCGUAUUUGAUGACGAUAGGGACCCGGUGCUUGAACCCACAUUCUCCAGACACCGCAUACCUCUGCAGAUACGAUGUCUAGAGCGCUACCACAGUUCAAAGAGAGAGUACUCCCAGCAGUUCAAGAGGGAAAUUAAACUCCUGAUCGACAAUCAGCCGACCGCCGAAAAUGCAUGGCAAUUCGUAAGGACGAUGGCUUAUACUUCGCUCUGGCCUCCGUUGCACACACGAAAAGAACUCAAGAUGUUUGAAAAGGACUUUUGCAAGCUGUCUUCUGAUGAGCAGCGUCGCUACGAUAAAAUAAUGGCAACAAAUUUUACAUAAAAUUUAUACGUAGCGUUAAAUAAAUAUUUUAAAUAUUUUUUAUACAC